AAUCCAAGAUGGCGGACUAAGCGGCGUGGCUUUCCGGAUAAUUUUCACAUUUACGAUCUUAUAGAUUCCAAAAUAGCACCAAAUACCUAAACUAUUCACAUUUUCUUAAGCCCACCAAACAGACUUUGAGUGUGGAGCGAUGGCGUGUUAUCUGAAGUGAAGAUUGAAGACGUGAUAGAAGAUGGACGAGAACAUGAAAGAGAAUCAGCGCCACCAACGGAGAACAAUCUGAAAAGCGAAGAUGAAGAAUCGGACUCGGGAAUUAAAUCUGAUUGAUGUUGCUUCUCUUCUCUUCCAGACGUUCUCAGCCCAUUGUGCCGGAGGAUUUCGCGGGAGCUACACUUUCCUACACAUUGCAACUCCCGAGCUGGAGUAAGCAGAUAUCUCCCGUCUCGCAUCUGAAAAGGUAUCCAAAUGAUCCAUCCAUUCCGUAAUCUUCCAAGCCCCAUUUCUCACCCAAGGACUCGGACGGAGGCAUCGGAGUACGACCCAGAAACACUCUACUUUUCUGCGGAGCGUCGAGCCCAGGAAACGGACUUUGAGUGUGGAGCGACGGCGUGUUAUCUGAAGUGAAGAUUGAAGACGUGAUAGAAGAUGGACGACUACUGCUAUGCUAAGAUGGCGACGUCCGCUAAAAGAGAACAUGAAAGAGAAUCAGCGCCACCAACGGAGAACAAUCUGAAAAGCGAAGAUGAAGACGUCCAGCAGCUGAUCGGUAAUCCAGAAGAAGUUUCCCCUCAGUUAGGGGGGAGCUCCACUUUGAAGCAGGAGACUCCACAACCACCCUGCAUUAAAAAGGAAGAGGAGGAACUCUGCAUCACUCAGGAGGGAGAGUGUCUUCUAGGACGAGAGGAAGCUGAUUACACCAAGUUUCCACUGAGUAUUCUCUCUGUGAAGACUGAAGAUGAUGAAGAGAAACCACAAGUAGACAACCUCUUAGCUCCACUAUCAGAUCGUGAGGCUAAAGACGAGGUUGAAGAACCUUUGAGCAGAGAUAAAGACUGUGAAGGUGAUAUGAGGACUCACACUGACAACAAACACUCUGAAUGCUCUACAAAGAAAAUAGGUAAAACAUGUUUGAGCUGUUCAAUUUGUGCUGAAAGUUUUAUUUUAAAGGGCCACUUAAAUCAACACAUGAAGACACACACAGGUGAAAAACCAUUUAAUUGUUCAGUUUGUGGCAAAAGCUUUUCUAAAAAUGUCCACUUGACUCGUCACAUGACAACACACACAGGAGAAAAAACACUUAAAUGUUCAGUUUGUGGCAAAAGCUUUUAUCGAAAUUGCCAUUUGACUCAACACUUGAGAACACACACAGGUGAAAAACCAUUUAAUUGUUCAGUUUGUGGCACAAGCUUUUCUCAAAGUGGCUCUUUGACUUCACACAUGAGAACACACACAGGUGAAAAAACAUUUAAUUGUUCAGUUUGUGACAAAAGCUUUUCUCAAAAGAGCCAUUUGACUAAACACAUGACAACACACACAGGUGAAAAAACAUUUAAUUGUUCAGUUUGUGACAAAAGCUUUUCUCAAAAGACCCAUUUGACUAAACACAUGACAACACACACAGGUGAAAAACCAUUUAGUUGUUCAGUGUGCUGUAAAAGGUUCCCACAUAAAGCAGAUGCAGUUAAACACACAAGAACACACAAGGGAAAAUAACCAAUUAUCUGUUUAGUUUGUGGUAUGUUGCUCAUAUGUGGUGACAUCCACCCUACCCAGGACCUCCUCACUGCUUCUUUCACAAAUAUCUGAGGUAUUCCUACAAACGUGGAUUAUUUGGAGCAUUAUCUUAUCCACUCAUGACCCCAUGUCUUCUCUGUAUCUGAAACCUUCCUGAACAGUAAGAUAGAUGAUGCUUCAAGUGCUUGGUUACUCCUUCUUCAGUCCAGGGACCUGGGGCCUCAUGUGUCAAGUUUGUGCACGCUCAAAAACCUGCACUACACCCUUUUUCACUGCAAAGUUGAGAUGUAUCAAAACUGACGUUGACGCAUAAGUGAUGCUGGGUAACUGUUUGCAUAACAAACUGCCAACUUUUACUCCUCAGACUGGUUGAUGUGCAAAUCAGAGACUUAUGAACAAUUAACCCCCAACACCCACAACCCAACCCCCACCUCCCUCGACAUUCGGGCAUAACAGGUUCAAUCCGGCCCGCGAGAUGAGUUUGCAAAGAGUAAAAUUCAGCUGCAUUUUUAAUGAAAGAAACUGCUGUUCUAAUUGUGUCCACUGGAUGUCACAAUAGCAAUUCUGUUAGGCAAGCAAAUAGCAUAGCAAAUAUACCAAGCAAGAGGUACACGGUAAAGCGGGGCUGUGACUCCUCCCCCUCCACCCAACGUAAAACAGGAGUAAAAUAAGCAAUCAGUAACCCCACUUAAAAUGCAGCAUGAGACACUGCACACUGAUAUAGUUCUGUGAAAAUGAUUGUCUUCUGUGCAAAUGGGGCGGCAUGGCGUAGUGGGUAGAGCAACUGUGCCAGAAACCUGAGGGUUGCAGGUUCGUUCCCCGCCUCUUACCAUCCAAAAAAUUGCUGCCGUUGUGUCCUUGGGCAGGACACUUCACCCUUGCCCCAGGUGCCACUCACACCGGUGAAUUGAAUGAUGAAUGAUAGGUGGUGGUCGGAGGGGCCGUUGGCGCAAUUUGUAGCCACGCUUCCGUCAGUCUACCCCAGGGCAGCUGUGGCUAUGAAAGUAGCUUACCACCACCAGGUGUGAAUGAAUGAUGGGUUCUACAUGUAAAGCGACUUUGGGUACUUAGAAAAUCGCUAUAUAAAUCCCAGGUAUUAUUAUUAUUAUUAUUAAAUGUAAAGAAAAUGAACAGUGUGUGAUUUACUGCAAUACUGUCAGUCUUUUAACUUUUGAUUUGUGCUUUGUUGAAAUUGUUCACACAUUGCACAGCUUUUAUUUUUCUAUCAAUACACAUUAUGUCUAGAAGACAGGAAGUAACUCAACACUCUUGAAUAGUUUCUACCUCAGUGUGUAUGGUUUGUUGAGUUAGCACAGGAUUAAUAUGUGGAAAUGACAAAUGAGGUAGUUGAUACAUAGAAUAGUUUUUAUUCAUGCUUUAUUUUGUUUUUUGUUCAAUCCUAGAUGGGUUGUGACUUAAAGUUUAAUAGAAACACUGAGAUUAAGUUUAAGUUCAUUGUGUUCUUCAAGGUGUUUUUGAAAAUGCACCAUUUUUUUCCCUCUUAAUGUUCAACUAACUUGAAGUGUUUUGUCAAGAGGAUUUUUUGUGAUAUGUACAUUUUCAGAAUGUGCUUGUUCUAUUUUUGG